ACUUGGCCUUUUAAUUUUUCUCUCUCUGUAUUUUCUCUCUCUCUCCAAAGUCUAAAACAUCAGCAUUCCAGCAGCAGCAGCAUCACCUCACCUCACCUCACCUCCCCACACACCCCCUCCUAUUAAAAUUGGCUUCACACAAACAAAAAUAAAAACAAAAGGUGGUAGAUGCAUGAGCCACCACAACACAACAACUUCAAACUCAAUAUAAUCCUCCUUUUUUCUUUUCUCUACAUAUAUUCACCACCUUACCCCCCCCUUCCUAAAAAUCCCAAUUGUUUUUCUUCCAGAUUUCACCCAAUAAACACCUCUCCUCGGUUUCUACGCUCUUCCAACCACCACCUUUGUCUUUCUCAGGAGCUUGGUGAUAAAUGCGGAGGAAAAUAAACUGAACAGUCGUGAACUGAUCUUGCAAUUCUCAAAAUGGUUAGCUUACGGAGGCGUAGGCUACUGGGACUCUGCUCUGGGAAGAGUUCUUUUCUGGCUCCACUGCCUAGAUUUUUUGACAAUGGAAAUGGUCUUGGAAUUUCAAGCCAAAAUGCAAGGCCUGUCAGCGUGCAUCCCAUGCCAUCAGAUAGUCCCAACCGGUUUCAUGGGAAAAGCAUUGUGAGAGUUGGACCUGGGUCAUCAUAUGCUUCUGGUUCUGGCUCAUCAAAAGAGCAGAAUAAUCAACUUGCAGUUGUAGAGCAACCGAUCAAACGCAGAAAGCGACAUAGGAGGAAGCAUGUUCACAACCAAGAACCAUGUCUGAUGAGAGGUGUAUAUUUCAAAAAUAUGAAGUGGCAGGCAGCGAUAAAAGUGGACAAGAAACAGAUUCACUUGGGGACUGUUGGUUCACAAGAAGAAGCUGCCCACUUGUAUGACAGAGCCGCUUUCAUGUGUGGGAGGGAACCUAACUUUGAGCUUCCAGAGGCUGAGAAGCAAGAACUAAGGGGACUCAAGUGGGAGGAAUUCUUGGCAGUUACUCGCCGUGCAAUCAAUAAUAAAAAGAACAAGAGAAGGAUAGGGACAGGGCCAGAGAAGCGGUCUGAAUCUACUGCUGACUACAGCGACUGGGAUGGCAAGCAAAGAGUCCAUGGGUUCUUGGCAGUAGAAGCAGCAGGGCCAGACUCAUCAGCCUAAUUUGGCCAUGUUACUAUCUAUUAGCUUUAGCUGAUCAGCCUCCAUUUUUGGGUAUAUAAAGGCCCCUAUUAGGGCAGGUAACUAUAGAUUUCUUUAUUCGUUCGAUAUGCAGAUAGCUACUCUCUUAACCCAAUAAUUUCACCACGUAUUAGAUGCAUUGUCCUUGAUAUUACCUGACAUUGUUAGAUACAUAAAAUACAUAUAUUGCUUGUCUUUCCUCAGUAAUAGGCAAAUCUGAACUCUU